AUGAGGGAUUUGGGUAAAAACUGGGAAGUUCAGGCCAUCAGGAGCUGGGAACUACUGCAGCUGGAGCCUGGCUGCCAGGUGGUGUCGGGUUACAGUCCAUCAGGUACACUGCAGUCCACCAACAGUGGCCACCUGGAACUGCGGUCCACCAACAGUGGCCACCUGGAACUGCAGUCCACAAACAGUGGCCACCUGGAGCUGCAGUCCACCAACAGUGGCCACCUGGAACUGCGGUCCACCAACAGUGGCCACCUGGAGCUGCAGUCCACCAACAGUGGCCACCUGGAGCUGCAGUCCACAAACAGUGGCCACCUGGAGCUGCGGUCCACCAACAGUGGCCACCUGGAACUGCGGUCCACCAACAGUGGCCACCUGGAACUGCGGUCCACCAACAGUGGCCACCUGGAGCUGCAGUCCACCAACAGUGGCCACCUGGAACUGCGGUCCACCAACAGUGGCCACCUGGAGCUGCAGUCCACCAACAGUGGCCACCUGGAACUGCGGUCCACCAACAGUGGCCACCUGGAACUGCAGUCCACCAACAGUGGCCACCUGGAACUGCGGUCCACCAACAGUGGCCACCUGGAACUGCGGUCCACCAACAGUGGCCACCUGGAACUGUGGUCCACCAACAGUGGCCACCUGGAGCUGCAGUCCACCAACAGUGGCCACCUGGAACUGCGGUCCACCAACAGUGGCCACCUGGAACUGCGGUCCACCAACAGUGGCCACCUGGAACUGCAGUCCACCAACAGUGGCCACCUGGAACUGCAGUCCACAAACAGUGGCCACCUGGAACUGCGGUCCACCAACAGUGGCCACCUGGAGCUGCAGUCCACCAACAGUGGCCACCUGGAACUGCAGUCCACCAACAGUGGCCACCUGGAACUGCAGUCCACCAACAGUGGCCACCUGGAACUGCAGUCCACCAACAGUGGCCACCUGGAACUGCGGUCCACCAACAGUGGCCAACUGGAACUGCGGUCCACCAACAGUGGCCACCUGGAGCUGCAGUCCACCAACAGUGGCCACCUGGAGCCAUUCAUGCGCUGCUGCUCUUUUCCUACUCGUCCCUGCCCCCUCCAUCUGACCCUAAUACACAGGCGCAUAUUCAAAGUCUCCAUAAAAACAAGGACUUUCUUCUCCUGCAGUCUCGGAGGCACAGGUGCUGGAUACAUACUUGUUGACUGA